AUGGUCUUAAUCGAAGACUUCGAUGAAGCCGGGCAGGGUCCUGCACACAAUGUUUACAACACCUUGGGCCAGAGGAAGCUGCCAGUUCUGAUUCUGACCGGCUUCCUGGGAGCAGGGAAGACGACCUUGCUGAACUAUAUUCUUCAAGAGCAGCGCGACAAGAAACUGGCCGUGAUUGAGAACGAGGUCGGUGAAGUGAGCGUGGACGAUGCCCUGCUGGGAGACAGGGUGCGGAACGUUGACCAGGACGACAUUGUUGUCCUGGACAAUGGCUGCGUAUGCUGCACCAUUCGGGCCGACCUGGUCAGGGCACUGGCUGCCAUUUCGGAGAGGCACCGAAGUGGCACAGCACUUGACGGAGUGGUCAUUGAGUUGACGGGCGUGGCUGAUCCGGCACCAGUCGUGCAGUGCUUUUUCAUGGCGGAGGCGGUUUCCGAGGCCUUCUACGUCGACAACGUCGUGGUCUUGGUGGACUGCAAGCACGCCCUGCAGCAACUGGCUGAAAGCCAGAGAGACCCGGCGAACAGGGGCACAGCAGCAUCCCAGGUCGCCUUUUCCAGCAUGGUACUCUUGAACAAGACGGACUUGGUAGACGACUCGCACGUCAAGCGGCUGGAAGAGCUCAUUCGAGAGAUGAACCCGUCUUCCUGCAUUCUCCGUUGCCAGCAGUCACGCGUGGACAUGUCGAAGUUGUUCAACGUCGCCAUGUUCAGUCUGGGACGAGUCCUGGCCGAGCAAUAUAUGGAUGAAGAAGAGUUUGCCAGAUUCUACGAGCCAAAGAUGGAUCGAGCUGUGUCAAACGUGGGUAUUCGCUGCCCUGGCGCCGCGAACUUAUUUGCAUUUCAGGCGUUGUUGGACAAGUACCUUGGGCAGGAGGAGACGGCCAAAGACUUUCUGCGGGUCAAAGGCGUGCUGGAGAUUGCUGGAAGCAGCUCGAAAUAUGUCGUGCAGUGCGUGCACAUGCUGAGGACGACGGGAUUCUCGGACCCGUGGGAGCAAGGGCAGCCGAGGGAAAGCCGCAUUAUCUUCAUCGGCCGUGGGAUGCAGGCACGACGCCAGUCUUUAACCGACGACUUCAUGAAGUGCCUGGUCGCUCCGCUACGGUUUUCCCUUGGCUCCGCGGUGUGUGUCCAGGUUCGGGAGGAGGCUGCUUGCUUGGAGGACCACGGCCACGAAGCUGCCCAUUCUCACGACCACUCCCAUGGCUGUGAUGGGCACAGGGUUUGGCGCCAGGGCGUGGUUUUGAAGCACUGGGAUGAACACAGUGCAUACAGAGUACGACUGCUGGAUGGUCUCGAGGUGCUUGUGCCCGUGGACGAUGCCGAGCUGAUCCGGAGUGUCCAGUCCAUUGAGCAGAGUCAUGAUGACUCUACUUUGUGGUCAUGA